AUGGAAGUUGCACAUUUUUUUUUUGAAGGGACCGAGAAACAUUUGAAGGUCAGGUUUUCCAGACAGCAGUUCGACACAAACCAGGGAUCUAGGGAUCUUCAUACCACCCCAAGGUACUUGUAUGCUUUGGAUCUCCCAGAGAGUCGAGUAAUCAAUCAACCAGAUCAAACCCUAGAAAUUCUGAAGAGUGAGUUUGACCCAGCAGUUAUGGACCAGUUCUACAUGAAAGAUGGUGUUACUGCAAAGGAUGUCACUCAUGAGAGUAGAAUUCAUGACCUGAUACCAGGUUCUGUUGUUGAUGCCACACUGUUCAAUCCCUGUGGCUACUCAAUGAAUGGAAUGAAAUCGGAUAGAACAUAUUGGACUAUUCACAUCACUCCAGAACCGGAAUUUUCUUACGUUAGCUUUGAAACAAACCUAAGUCAGACCUCCUAUCAUGACCUGAUCAGGAAAGUUAUGGAAAUCUUCAAGCCAGGAAAUUUUGUGAUCACCUUGUUUGUUAAUCAGAGUUCUAAAUGUCGCACAAUGUUUUCUUCACCCCAGAAGAUUAGCAGUUUUAAACAUCUUGAUUGCCAGAGUGCUAUAUCCAACGAUUACAAUUUUGUUUUUACCAGUUUUGCUAAGAAACAGCAACAACAGCAUAGUUGA